CUUGGUGAGAACGCCGCCAUUGUUGAGAAAAUAAAAUGUCACGAUUGUCAAGACCGCCAAAUACGUCGCUUUAUGUGCGAAAUGUGCCUGAUGGAACGAGACACAAAGACAAGAGUACAUACCACGGUCUAAGAUUACCAAGGUUACUAACAGGCUUGACACUUAACGCCCAUCCUUCUUGAGGGAAUGAGCAAGUUAACUCAAAAGAGCAAGAUCAAGUACCGUUGAAAGAGUCGAGUCUGACACAGAAACAGAAAUUUCAAGUCAUGUCGCUGUCGUGUUCAAGUAAAGUUAAAAGAUCAAGAAAAGGGAAAAGUAAAGGUCAAGAUUUGGACAAGAAUCCAAGAUCGGCUAUAAAGACCAAGAUCCUCGGAAAAGAAAGGGUUUGGUCUGUGGUUACGUUCGGACAAAGACUCGAGCAAGUUUCAGAGACGAGGCAUAUUUUGACAAGAUAAAAAAUAUCCAAUUUUGACAUCACAGCAAAAUUUUAGCAAAAAAAAAUCAUUUCAUGAACAGGCCUAGUUUGAAAUUAAUGAAAUCGGAGGGAGAAAUUUAUUUCCUUAUUUUACCACUGUUGCCAUCGUUUUCUGGAGUUAAUGCCAAAAAAAUUAUUACAAUUAGGAAGUUUUACUGAUAGUGAUAAUCGUCAUUUAGGCUCUCGCCAUGCUUAUGUAUACAUGCAAGCACUAACUGAAUAGCCUACGUUACAGUAUCUUAACAUGUAUUGGUAGAAUAUUCAUGUACAACAACUUGUGUCCUUUCACAAAAAUGAAUUCGGGGCUGUAUUUUAAUGAAUUGCAAUGCACAUGUAUUGAACAUAUAAGUUUUAAAAGUAUCCCACGAAAAGGUGGCAACAUGUGUUCUAGGGUUCUUGACAAACUGCAGACCUGUAAGUCUAUUCAUUAAAUGCCUACUUUAAUUUCAAAUGAGAACUUUUAUCCUAGAGUGGAGGUACAUUCAUGUACGUUGACUAUUGCACAACGCUAGUCUGAAGUACGCUGCAUGCAUACAAGUUGUGGUAAGCCCACCUGGCAUGGAAGUUGAGGUGUCCAUGGUAUUGGUACCUGUAGCUGUGUGUGAUAGUUUGAUGAACUACAUUUAGGUCUUGAAACAUUGGAAACAGCUGGGUUGAUUGAAGGAGAUGUGGUGAUGAAAAACAGGAUGAAGUUUUCAUUUGAAAUAUUAAGUGGUUCUAAAUCUGUAAGCAUAAAAGUAGUAUGAGUUGAUUACCUUCACAUUACAAUGCCAACUUGCAACACCUUGCUGAAAAGUGUGUAUCCUUUUAGCUCAGAAAUCGAACCCCGGAUUUGCACGAAUCUCUUUUUUUAGCUGUCCUUUAAAUGUCUUUUGUGCUUUGUCGUGGGGAGAAUUUAAAAUUACCAUCAUUGUUGGAUGGAGGAUUAGUUUAAGUUUUGUUUAGUUCAUUGAUAUAGAUGACAUUUUUAGGGGACAUAAUAAUAAUAUUGUAUUUUAAAAUUGAUUUGGAAAAUUGGAAGUGGUGAAAUGUUUUCUGGAGUAAACUACAUAAAACUAAAGAAUCUGAUUUUGUGGAAAGGGCCCUGAUAAAUGGAUGCAGAUAUUCAGUGAGUGAAAUUUUCCUGCUAGGUUUCAGCUGACAGUUGUUGACACCUAAUUUAAUUGGUUGCUGACUGCAAACAGUGGACACUGAACUUUGUUGUCACAGCCCUGCAUACUGUUGUAGAAUGCUGUGACUUCUGCCUGUAUGUUCUGUCGUUUUUGUUUCUUUCCAAUUCAUUAUGUUUUCGUUCAUUUCAUUCUGUUUUUUGUUACGUUUUUUUUGUUAUGUUCUUUUUAUGUUGCUUUAAAAAGUUUUCCAAAAUUCUGCAAAACUUCUUAUAAUCUUUCUUUUGUUUGAAUCUUUUUUUCUGUUGCUAAACCUGUCCUAGCUUCAAAUUCAAAAAAGUUUGAAUCUCACACAGACAGUCCCAGCCUACUUUGAAAAUUUGGUUUUUCAAGUCCAAUCACACUAGCCAUGCUGACUGGAACCUGAAAAAGUCUUCUGUUUUGAACCCAUUGACCUUAACUCUCAGUACAUUUGAUGACCAAGACGACGCAGAAGAUGCCAAAUAUGGCCUAGAUCGUAAACUAAUGUAUGGACAUGAGUUAGAGAUUGAAUUUGCACGAGGAGAUAGAAAAACACCUAAUCAGAUGAGGUCACGUGAACGAGUGCCACGAAGGAGAAGUCCGUACUAUGGAGGAGGAGGCGGUGGUGGCCGGUAUGGAGAUCGCUACGAUGACCGGUAUGACGACAGGAGAGGAAGGUACAGGUCGCGCAGUCGCAGUCCAAGGUACCGGUCACGAUCUCGAAGUUUUGACAGAUACCGGCGUCGAUCACGCAGCAGGAGCCCUUAUCGAGGAAGAUCUUACUACUCUCGCUCCAGAAGCCGUUCAGGAUCUCGGGCCCGUUCACACCGCCAUUCCCGCCAUCACCACAGAGAUCAUCAUCGCAGCCCAUCAAGAAGCCCACGCAGGUCACGCUCUCGCAGUCAGUCUCGCUCCAGAUCUGGUUCCCCGCCACGUGACGGCAGCAUGUUGCGGAGUCGGAGUCGCUCGCAGUGAUCAUCGAAAGCCAGUUGAGCUCAUGUAAAUAGUAGCUGAGAACAAGUACAAUACAGAUGAAUUUGACAUUGCGCAUUUGUAGGACAUUCCUGCUCCAACUUAGUGUGGACAACGUUAUAUUGAGUGGCUUAGCUCUCUGCUUCAGUGUAUGUCUGCUUGUGAAGUCUUGAUGUCAGAUUCCACUUCUUUUUACAGCAAGUUGCUUGAACACUUAGAACCGAGGUGUCUGGACAAUUUAUUGAUAAGAAUUUGGUUGGUCUGCAUUCAAAUUAAAGGUCUUUGUAGAUAACUGUUCACACAGUAUUUUUAUAAAGCGUGAAGUUGGCUGUUCAGUGAAAUUGUAACUUCUCAAUUUUUGGUGAGCCUGGGGAGGACAGAUUUUCUAAUUUUUGAAGAGUAACUAUUUCUGCCAGUUUAAGUUUUUAAAUCCCUCGGUGUCACUUGUAGUAAGGAAGCCAAUGUGUAUUGAAUGCUGUUAUCAUUUCUGCCAACUUUUCCAACAAAACAUUCAAGCUUGUCGUAAGCUUCGUUCACCUGCGUCCUCUGUGCUCCCUGAUUUCACAUUUGAAUAUUGAAAUAUUUGCACCUGUAAAUAAUUCCAUGUGUCAUCCUCCUUUGUUGGUUUGUAAUUUCCAAAAAGUGUUUCUAAUGGCGGUUGUAACAAGCUCUUUGUCAUGUUGUCAUCACACACAUACAGGCAAGGUAAAGGUGGUACAGUUAAAGCCCUGUGCCAACUGUUUUCUAUGCUGUUUGUGUUGUUAUUGUACCUCUCUGCCUUGAUUUGUUUCAUUCCCUUUUCAAUUAUUUUAUCAUCUUCUUAGACCGAGUAGACUUUGUACUUCAUUUAGGAACUGAAUACAUUUACGGCAAACAUUUAUUCUCUCAAUUAAUGUCAUCAAAACAAUGUGUUAUUACUUGCAGCAAAAUAACCUUGAAAAUGUGUGACUCUGUGGAAAGCAAGUCGUAGCGCUGAUCUUAAGAUAUUGUUUGUUUGUUGUUACAUACAUCUCCAAAAAAAUAGGGUAGGUUUGUAGGCUAAUAAUCUUUUGAUGAACUAGACUACAUUUUUGGAGUUGGGGUGUUUCUCUGGAUAUGUAGGGUAACUUCAAGCAAACAAUUUUUUGGGGGCAGCAUAGUGUCUGUUAUAAACGAAUCUCAGGUGAGGUCACAAGUGCUUUUAAGAAAAUUUAGUGUGAUUUCAUUUCAUCAACACCUUGAAGAAAGUGACUUCUGUGCACUUUGAUAGGAAUUCUCAUCACAAAUACUACCAUGUUAGUUCAAACCCAUUUUAAUCAUUGACAUUGUAAUCAGUUUUGGUUGUAGUUUUAGUGUAAGCCAGUUAUCAGCAUCAUUUUAAUGCCUCAUCUUGAAUUUUCAUUUGAUUAUUGAGGGUGUUACUUGGUGGUGUAAGAGUUUGUUUCAGUUAUUUAAAGGUGUAUUUUAGCCUGAUCUAUCUGCUUUGAUAUCGUGUUGCUUAGAGUAUCAUGUGUUCUGAAUUCUACUUAAGGUUCUGCGAAAUGACUUAAUUCUCAGAGGGCAAUUAGCCUACCAACUAGGCUGUACAUGAAUCACUGAAACUUGGGGUUGUACACUCUCAAGCUGAAUUAACACUAACAAAGCUUUUAUUUUACUCUGCUAGUUUAAGUCUUGAUUUCAGGCCCAAGAUUCUUCAAUGGAGGAAUUGACUAAGUGACUGUUGUAUUUGUUUAUAUGCCUAGAUUGUUGUAAACUGUAUAUCAGUGCAAGAACUGAGUCAAGUCACAUCAAUUAAAGUUGCUUGGUUAGUGACAGGGUCAAGGACAAACAUUUUUUGUUGACCGUCAGUUCUGGACUUAUCAGCUUGUCAACUUUUUCUUUAAACAUGAGUUGCUGCAUUUUGAAUUAAAAGUUUUACUUGUUCUGUUACUAUUGGAAAAACACUCUGUCCCGAAGGAAAAGAGUUGCCACUAUAUGGUGUAUUCAAUAAGCUAAGAAAUUUGAACUAUGUCUUUAUCAGAUCGUCCAAUUAAAUUUGGCCUUAGUGGCACAGCUGUGUACAUAAACAAAUACAUUCAGGUCAUUUUGAUUUGCUGUUGACCACUCCAUCUAAAAUAUCACUGCCCAAAACAGAUACUGCAACAUUUGUAUUUCAUUUCUGUAUCAUCAAUAAAUCAUUUUAUCAUAA